AUGGACUCAUUUCCCUUCUCAGGAACACCCGAAACUCCAGGCUGCGAACCAGACCUGUCUCCUAUCGACAUUGCCUCGGGAAACCGCCCUCAGAAUGGAACCAAAGAAGAAUUGGCAUCGCUGUCGAAUCUCUAUGCGGAAGCAUAUCCGCUUGCCCUUCAGGCUGUUCAAGAGGAUGCCAAUGGGGAUCAUCAUACAGCCCGGCUACUCUACUGCGAAGUCUGCGAGCUUCUCACCAAAAUUUUGACCUUGUUGCCAGCAGGAGACGAACGCGACCUUGUGGUCAGGAAGUGCGGCCUGUACACAAGACGGGCGGAGGAUAUUUGGGAGUCGAGGAGCGCCAGCACAGCGCCGGCCAAAAACAUCAAGCAGUUACCAGAAUACGAGCGACUCGCACAGGAGGCUCAGUUUGCGCUUGAACAAGCGGUUGCGGAGCACGAGAAGCAACAUGAACAAGGCGCACUCGAAUUUUACACGGACUCUGCGGAUCUGUUUUUGCAGGCAUGGAAAAGUGCCCCCGAGGGGUCCGUUAAGGAGACGCUGAAGCAAAGACUGAGCAAUGUCAUGAAUAGGGCAGAGGAUCUCAAGGGUGUUCCAGUCAACUCUAUUCCAUUGCUGAAGGUCAAAUCAAGAUCGACCCCUGUCAUCUCAGGACCUUCAAAUCUAACACCACAGGAACUCCAUGUCCUCAGGACGACGAUGGUAAUCAACAACAAGAAAUAUCACCCUUGGAGCGAUGAGGAUGUGAAGGACCUGCUCCGAGAGAAGGGUCCCUUUACGGAUCCAGAUGGGAUGCUCGCGUUGUCGAACAAACAGAUCGCGAAGUUUGGAUCCUGGAAACGUGUUUCGGAGAUCAUGGAGAAUCCAAAGAUGAUCUGCUUGAUUUCGAGCACCAGCAUCGUCCAGGAUAUUGUCACAGACUGUUCAUUCGUCGCCAGUUUGUGUGUCAGUGCGAGCUAUGAGAGACGAUGGAAGAAGCAGCUAAUUCGAGCAUGUAUAUACCCUAAAAAUAAGUUUGGCGAGCCCUGUUACAACCCCAAUGGGAAAUACCUCGUCAAGCUUAUAUUCAACGGCAUCGCUCGGCGUGUCGUUGUUGACGACUAUCUGCCUGUCUCGAAAUCUGACACGCUGAUGUGUACAUUUUCAACAAACAAGAACGAGCUCUGGCCCAGCAUUAUCGAAAAGGCAUACAUGAAGCUGAUGGGAGGCUACGACUUUCCUGGAUCAAAUUCUGGCAUCGACUUAUAUGCGUUAACGGGAUGGAUUCCGGAACAUAUUUUUAUUAAAGAGUCGAAUUUUGAUAGCGAAAAGCAAUGGGAACGAAUGAUGACAGGCCAGCACAAUGGUGUCGCACUAGUAACCAUUGCAACAGGACACAUGCCGGAUGAAGAGGCUGAUCGACUGGGACUUGUACCUACACACGCCUAUGCAGUCCUGGAUCUCAAAGAAGUCCAGGGUUUACGACUACUGCAGGUCAAGAAUCCCUGGAGUCAUAAGCGCUGGAAGGGUCCCUUCAGUCAUUUGGAUGCAGAUCAUUGGACAGAUGAGCUAAAGAAGGACCUGAACUUUGAUCAGUUUGCAGCACUCAAGAAUGACGACGGUAUCUUUUGGAUCGAUUACGAGUCCGUCUGCUCAACGUUUGAUACCAUUCACAUCAACUGGAACCUCGAAACGUUGAAUCAUCGUGCGGUGAUCCACGCGCCAUGGCCAUGCAACUACGGACCAAAACGAGAUAAUUUUAACCUUGGAUACAACCCGCAAUUCACACUUGCGACUAAUGUCAAGGGCUCGCGACCAUGCGGGAUCUGGCUGUUGCUAUCGAAGCACAUCACCAAGACUGAAGAGAACAGGGACUUUAUCACCCUUCAUGUCUUUGAUGUCCAGAAACAGCCGCAGAACCAGGUUUUACCGUUCAGUCCUACGACCCCACUCUCCGCCAUAUCCGCGGCGACAUCUGGUUCCAUGGCUCCAGGGUCAUUAUCGACGAGAAGUAGCGGCACAAGAAUUUAUUAUGAGGGCAAUUCAAUGAUCAAGGGCAUGUAUGUGAACAGCCCGCAUAUCUUGGUCCGAUUCGAGGUUCCUCCAGGACAGAAUGAGUACACGAUUGUGUUGUCGCAACAUAUUAAGACCAGGGAUUUGCACUUCACGCUGAGGGCGUAUGCUAUCUGCGAAUUUGAACUCCGAGAGAUACCCAGUAAAUACGCCAUCGAGAAGAAGAUUGAGGAUGGAUGGACAGAGGAAUCUGCAGGAGGCAGCAGUUAUAAUGCAGGAUUUUUAAACAAUCCACAAUAUCGGCUUGUGGUACCAGUACUCCCUGCACCUCAGACGACAACGUCUGUACUCUUCAUGCUGGAGGCGCCGAAGGACUUUGCGGCGCAUGUACAGCUGGUCAACUCUCAGGGCAAGCGUGUACCAUGCGUGUGGACAAAGGAUAUUAUUGCUCAGUCUGGAGAAUAUCGACAUGGGUUUUGCUACUGUGAAGCGAAUGACCUGAGACCCGGUCAAUAUACAAUUGUGGUCUCAACAUUUGAACCCGGUCAAAUCGGAAAAUACAAGCUGACGAUGCAGUCGCAUAUCGAGCUAUCGCUAACACCGAUUCCUGUCGAAGGAGCUGGCAUGUUCAAAAAGAUAUUAAGGGGGGAGUGGAUACAGGGCGUGAACGCGAUGGGCUGGGAUCACCACCAGAGUCUGAGCUACGCAAAGAACCCGCACUUCCUGGUGCCCAUCACGGAAAUGACCACCUUCAUGGUGCGACUACAGACACCUGAGAUGACGAAUUCUAUGCCGAAGAUCAAUGUUACUAUUUUUGAGCGACUGGACGAAGGCGUUCUUGGUCGGGAGGUGUGUUCAUCUGGCCCCUAUAUGGCUGUGUCACAAGGUGUUGCUACAGAGCCCAUUACGCUGUUGCCGAACCAGUAUGGCUAUCUGGUAGUAGUUUCAACCUUGGAAUCAGGGCUGGCUGGUAAAUUUGUGCUCUAUGCGUAUAGCGAUCGAGCCUUAGAUAUAGAAGCUGGCGGAGGUGCACCGACGACGAUCAAUGUGAGCGGGUCUUCGAUAGGAUCGAUGUUGCUGUCAACUUCCGCAGGCGGUGGGUACUACUCUUCGGCCCCAUCGUCACCCUAUCCUGCAGGCGGUGGCAGUAGUGGUUAUGCUAAUAAUCGACCAUCCGCGAGGUUUAGAAGGCAGUUUGGAUCGAUGUCGGGGCCUGGACAGGGCACUAACGGUGGAAAUGGAGGACUCUUGUCUCCCCCCUAG